AUGGUCACAAGGAACAUUCAAAGGGUAUUCAUUUUGUUAUCAUGUACAUUUUUAGGUCUCAUAUGUGGAACAUUAUAUCUAUAUAGCUCAUAUUCACCACAAUUAGCCAAACAAUUGGGUUACACAGUUUCUGAAAGUUCUAAAAUUGCUCUUUUUGGAACUUUAGGUGCAAGUCUAUGUGGACCACUAUCUGGAUUUGUAGUAGACACAUUUGGUUAUACUUACUCAUUACUCAUUGGGGGAAUAUUAAUAAUAUCAGGAUAUAUUGGUAUAAAAUAUCAAUUUGAUCUGAAUUUGAGUUGCAUGAGUUUAACAUGUUUUUGGCUAUUUAACAUUGGAAGUGGUUCUACAUUUAUCAAUUCGGGUUGUUUGAAAUGUUGCGCAGUCGGGUUCCCAAGUAUUAGAGGUGUUGCAACUUCGUUACCAUUAGCAUUGUAUGGUUUAAGUGCCUUAUUUUACUCAGUUAUUGCAUCAGUAUUUUAUCCUGGAAAUAUCUCAGACUUUUUAGGAUUUUUGGGACGAUCAAUAACCAUUAUUUUCAUAAUAUGUUUACCAAGUGUUUACUUAGCUGAUAAGGAACAUAAGUUGAAGAAAGCUAUCAAUUUUAAGAAUAAGUUAGAGCAACCUGCUUCGGAUACCAUUGACGAAAAACAGUCGCCCAAUAAUGAACCCAAAUCUACUAUGGAGAUGUUUAAAAAUUACAAAUUUUGGUUGUUGUUUCUCAUAACUGGUUUAUUAGCAUCACUAGGUCAAAUGUAUAUAUAUUCAGUGGGAUAUAUAGUAAAAUCAUUAGUGACUUAUUCAAUUGCAACCAACCAACUACAAAUAGACCAUUCAUCUACCACUACUUCAUCAUUAUCAUCAGACACCUACUUAUCUCAAGACAAAAUUGAUUUAAUCGUCCAACAAGAACAACAAAUCCAGGUUGGUUUAAUUUCAAUUGCGAAUUGCAUUGGAAGAAUAGUAUCUGGUAUAUUGGGAGACAUAAUAUCACAAUCAUUUCAAAAACCAAGGUCUUGGUUGUUAUUCAUUCCAUCGAUAGGGUUAGCAAUGAAUCAAAUCUUAAAUCAUAUUAUAAAUAAUUAUUCCAGUUUGUCCAUAAAUUCUUUUCUCAUUGGCUUAAAUUACGGAUUUACUUUCUGUAUUAUGCCAAUUGUUAUCGGUGACUUAUUUGGGAUGAAGAAUUUUUCCUUGAAUUGGGGGAUCAUUAGUUUAUCACCAAUUAUACCUGCUUAUUUUUUCAUUAGUUAUUUUGGCAAAGAAUACGAUUUGAAUUCAAGUAAACUUACAGUAAUGAGUACAAACUCCACGAUAAAAUCUAGCAUUUGUUCAAUUGGUAAUAAAUGUUACAAUAAAGUUUUCCAAUUGACUUUUUUCGCUGGUAUCUUGUCAGUGGUGUUAAUUUUUAUAUUUAAUUUUGGACAUUUUAAAAGAAAGAAUAAUUUGCUAUCGCUACAAGACCUUAGAUCUAAUAACUUACAUGUCGAGAAACCAAAAUAA